AUGGCUACUACCCGUCCGCGUCGUUUGGCGCGCCAGGUGUCCAUCGUCGGCGCCGGCUUGUCCCAAUUCGGAGCCUAUCCCGACAAGUCCAGCCGCGACCUGUUCGUAGAAGCGUUUCACGAUAUGCAGGACAACAUGGACCAGGGCAUUUCGGCCCAGGACAUCGAGGCCGGCUACAUCGGCAACUAUUCGGCUGACCUCUUCGAGCAUCAGGGCCACACGGCGCCGAUUAUAGCCGACUGGCUGGGAAUGACUCCCACGCCCAUUACGCGAAUUGAGAACGCCUGCGCCAGUAGCGGCAGCGCACUGCGCGAGGGUGUCAUGGCCAUUGCCAGCGGAAUGUACGAUGUGGUGAUGGUCGGUGGCGUUGAAAAGAUGACGUCGUUGCCCACCGAGGGCGUUACCGAUGUGCUGGCCUCUGCCGCCGAUGGUCUUUACGAGGUGCCGGCCGGAUUGACCUUCCCCGGUAUCUUUGGAGCCAUCGCCAAAGCGCAUAUGGAUCGCUAUGAAACCAACCUCAACCACCUGCUCAAGGUUGGCAUCAAGAACCAUGAAAACGGCAAGCUGAACCCCAAAGCCCAGUUCCAGCAGACGGACUUCCUCAACGAUGUCCGGGCCAACCCGUGGAUCGCCUGGCCGCUGCGUCUAUACGACUGCGCGCCGAUUACCGACGGAGCGUCUUGCGUGCUUCUGGUCGCCAGCGAAAUUGCCAACCAGUUCACCGACAAGCCGGUGCACAUGGCGGGUAUCGGUCAGGCGACCGGGCGACCGCUGCACGAUGCUGAUGAGCUUACCUCCCUGUCGGCAGCGAAAGUCGCGUCGGCGGAAGCUUACCAGAUGGCCGGCAUCGGCCCGGCCGACGUCGGCGUAGCCGAAGUGCACGACUGCUUUACCAUCGCUGAAAUUGUAGCCAGCGAGGACCUGGGCUUCUUUGCGCCGGGUGAGGGCCCUCACGCCGUUGACGAAGGCCGCACCGCGCGCACCGGCGACCGACCCAUCAACACCAGCGGCGGCCUGAAAGCCAAGGGACACCCGGUGGGGGCCAGUGGUGUUGCUCAGGUCAUCGAAGUCUACAAGCAGUUGCGUGGGGAGGCUGGUGAGCGCCAGCUGACCAACCCGAACCUGGAAUUUGGUUUGACCCAUAACGUGGGCGGCACCGGCGGCACCUGUGUCGUCAACGUCCUGCAGCGCGGCUAG